AGGAGCUAUUGAGGUGUGGCCAUUUUAUUUUUUUUAGAACUUGCAAAGCGAACGGCAAAAAUUCGUCUGGUAAAGAAGUGUGAUCGGCGAACCGAUUACGGCGUUCCCUGGUAGAUUUUGUUUAAAUUUUACGAGAGAACAUGGCAGCUAUACGAAAGAAACUUGUCAUCGUAGGUGAUGGUGCCUGUGGAAAGACCUGUCUUCUAAUUGUGUUUAGCAAAGACCAGUUCCCUGAGGUGUAUGUACCAACAGUAUUUGAGAACUACGUGGCAGAUAUCGAGGUCGACAACAAAUGUGUUGAGCUAGCAUUAUGGGAUACGGCAGGCCAGGAAGACUACGACCGACUGCGACCCCUGUCAUAUCCAGACACUGAUGUCAUUCUAAUGUGUUUCUCCAUCGAUAACCCCGACAGUUUAGAAAACAUCCCAGAAAAGUGGACUCCAGAGGUCAAACACUUCUGUCCGAAUGUACCGGUGAUCCUCGUUGGCAACAAGAAGGAUCUGAGAAACGAUGAGGCGACAAGACGAGAGCUGCAGAAGAUGAAGCAAGAGCCGGUCAAAUAUGAAGAGGGCCGUGCCAUGUCGGAGAAGAUCUCGGCAUUUGGCUACCUGGAGUGCUCAGCCAAGUCCAACGAGGGUGUGAGGGAAGUCUUUGAAACAGCCACGAGGGCGGCCCUCCAAACGAAGAAGAAAAAGAAGGGCAAGUGUAGUGUGUUGUAAAAUGGUUAUUAAGGAUGUCAAGAAAUCCCUGCCUGCGGAAGAGGGGUUUCUUUGUCUUAACAGAAUAUUUACUUUGUUAACCGAGUACAGAGAAAAGCUGCAUUCAGCUGAUGGCUAACGAAGUAAAACCUAGCUUUGUCUCUAAAGAUUAGAGGAGGUCUCACAUCUAUUCCUGUCGGCCAUUGUUUUUAGUUCUGUGCUAAAGUGUAACGACAUGUAUCAGCUGAGCGCAGGUUUUUUUAAUUCUGGGUUUUUUGGGGGGGUUCAUUUCUUUUUUACUUUGUAUUAUGUAGUCAUAUUAGGGACACUUACAAGCACAGUUUCAUGUGUGAUUGGUUUAUGCCAGGGUGCUAAGAAAAGCAUAUGACGAGAGCUGUAUUUUGGUCAGCUGUAGGAGGUAGUGCUCUUGUCUAGACGCCUUGCCGAGUUCACGCGUGCUUUGUAGCCUGCAGUGUGCCAUGGAUGCAACACUGCAAAAAUACUUACCAAAGGGCCUCGUUAUUACCUGUGGCCACUUUUCAGUACUAUCCCUGUGUGAACUCCAGGACGUCUGUUCAGCCGGAUGGCUUUAAAUUCUGUGUGGCUGGUAAUGCUUUGAUCCUGUAAGUCUAUUCCAUCGCCCAAGGACCGUGAACAAAAUGCUGUCGGAGUAAGCAAGAUUUUGGUUUUGAAUGGAGAAAAAAAAAUCCUUUUGUAUAAUUUGGUGCACAAACAAAUUGCCAUAAAAUAACGAGACGUUGAGGUAGAUACGCUUGGCCUUGUACACAAAUUGCAUAAUUUUUGUACCGUGUGAAUACAUGUACUCUAAGCCUGGAGAUUACUAUCAACAUGCAGUCUCAUGUGACUCGCAGUGUAAUGUUGUUACUAGUGGGAAGAAAAGUAGGUAACUUGUAGGAUGAAAUUGUGGUAGAAAUAACACAUUUGGCAUUGUCUGUACUUGAAAAAUUCACGCCAAGUUGAUCACCCUAAUUGCUGGAACACUUCGGCCAGAAGUCUUACAAGCAUUUAAGACAGGUAUUCCUUCAUUUAUGAUGACGGUACAUAUUUUUAAAAAGUGGGAGAAAGUGAACCCAAAAUGAUGCAUCAAAGAGUAAAGUACGCUGUGAGGGAAUUUUUUUGUGUUUUUUGGCUGUGGGAGUAAUGGACAGGCUUGAACGUUCUCCCCGUUGUUUGGUUUAAUGCUCAGUGGUGCACUGCUAAACAGAAAUAAGGAUUCAUGGCAAGGACUCACUCCAGCUUCAAUGUGGAUUUCAUUUGUAAGGCUGUCAGGAUUGACAGAGGUUCCUUUUCACUGAUGCCCAGUGUGCCACAAUUCCUGUCAUGGCUGUGUCAGCCAUUCCUUAGUGCAUUGCAUUUUAACAUGGUACAGUAGAUUUAGAUCGUGUACAUAGACUAAUAUUGGAGGCGCCGUGGUUUUUUUUGGGGGGGGGUGUCGGAAGUGGACCCAAGAUGCAGGAAGCCCCAGCUGUGCUGAAAAGAAUGAGACCACCUACUUGCAAGGUCACUGGCAUGCGCUUGAUUUUUUGGGGGCUCAAUUUUACACCGUUUUGACGAGUGGAAUUUCAUGAAGUGGUCAGGCACCUUGAUGUCGCCCAAAGUUAGCCCGGCUUCUCACUGGGUUAAUGGUGCGCUUAACUGAGCAUUGCCCCCGAGUGCAAAAAGGGUCACGCUGACACUCUCACCAGCAGCCAGGGGUGGCUUUACCCGUACAUGCAUGACAACAGGGCCACCGACUUAGUUGGCUUGUUUACCCCCUAACCCUCAAGGUUGUGUGGAAGUCGCAUAGAAUGUUGUCGGUUAGAGAUGAGCUAUGGGAUACGCCUGUCACAUCAUGCAAAGUAAUGCAUGUUUUUUUUGUGUGUAAUACUGUGUUAUCAGGGCACAUAGUUCAUGGAACAUUUUUCAUUGUAUAUUUGAGGUCAAUAUGACGGCUUACCACUAUGCUAAAAAAAAAAGAAAGGAGAAGACUUGACCAAGGUAACUUUUUCUUCAGAGAUUUUCUACAUUGCAUAUCUACGGAGUCUCUUUUGUCUAGGAUGUUAUGUCAGCCUAAGAUAUGAAUUCUCUUUUUUUAUAUUUCCUUGUAGAGUCUGAGCUCUUAAAAUGAAAUUGCCCAUCAGAGCCUGGUUAGAGUUUCCCAUGUGAUUUUUCCUUUGUGUGCAAAGAUAAAAAACAUUCGAACACCCAUGGAGACAAAAUUAUGCAAAAAAACUUCUCUUUGUAAAAAAAAAAAAACUUGAUUUAUAAGAAUGUUAACAAUCAACUUGUAUAUGCCUAUAGAUUAAAACUACAAUAUGCACUCAUCGGCACCAACAAAAUUGUAUAAAACUUGUUUUUGAGUUAACCCUUUUAGAUAGUCAUGUCUGUUUUAAUUUGAAAUAUUGUAAUUCAGCUUUUUUCCUUACAGGCUUCAUGUAUUGUCUAUACUUCAAUCGCACUUAAUGUCAGAAUUAUAUGAAAACAAAAAAAGAGAAAGAGAUUGGAAGUGUUUUGUGUGUUAGUGUAAAGUAAAGCCCUUCUGAAUUGGAAAGUAA